GGCCGGAAGACAUGGCGACAGCUGAAUUGCAGCUCUACGCGAAGGUCUCCAACAAGCUUAAAAGCCGGAGCUCCUUCCCCUUACUGGACUCUCUCCUGGCCCUGGGCUUCCCUGCACACACUGCGCAGAAGGCAUUGGCAGCUACUGGCAGAAAAACAGCACAAGAGGCAGCUGAUUGGUUACAUUUCCAUUACAAUGACCCUUCCCUGGAAGACCCGAUCCCUCAGGAAUACGUCCUCUACCUGUGCCCCACCGGGCCCCUGUUGGAGGAACUGCAGGAGUUUUGGAGAGAAAGUAAGCUCCAGUGUGCCAGAAACAGAGCUCACGAAGUUUUCCCCCACGUGACUCUCUGCGAGUUCUUCACGUGCGAAGACCAGAAAGUGGAUUGUUUGUACGAAGCCCUGAAGAGAGCUGGAGACAAGAUUUUGCAUUCCUUCCCAUCUGUAAUCCCCCUAACCCUCCAUUCUUCCAUCAGUUACCUGGGGUUCUUCAUUGAUGAAGGCCCUGCUGAUGUAAUUCGGGAAUUCGCCAUGUCUUUUGCUACGGAAGCCGCCAUCUUGGCAGAUUGUCUUGUAAAACCUUGCACGAAGCAGCUCCAUCUCACCUUGGCUCACAAGUUUUAUCCUCACCAUCAGCGAACAUUGGAGCAACUGGCUAAAUUCAUCCAUCAGGGACAGAGCUGCCAGUGGAUUGCAGCUCUGUAUUCACGCGACAUGCGGUUUGUGCACUACCAGACGCUGCGGGCGCUCUUCCAGUACAAGCCUCAGAACGUGGAUGAACUACUGCUGAGUGCAGGCGAGUACAUCUUUGUGGACCGGACCCAGCCGAACGAAGCCAGUGAAGGCUGGGUGAUGGCAACCUCCCACCGGACGGGCUGCCGGGGAUUUGCUCCUGAGAAUUACAUGGAGAGAGCCAACGAGUCAGACACUUGGGUCAAACACAGAACGUACACCUUCAGCUUAGCCUUGGGCCUGGAGGACAAGAAUGAAAGUGGACCUAGCUGCAGCCUGAAUGGUAUUGUACAGAUAACCCCUCUAAGGAGAAGUCUUUUGGUAGUUCGUCAUGGGGAAAGAGUAGACCAAAUCUUUGGAAAGUCUUGGUUGCAGCAGUGUUGUACCUCAGAUGGAAACUACUUUAGACCGGACCUGAAUUUCCCUUGCAGUCUACCCAGAAGGAAAAAUGGCAUCAAAGAAUUUGAAAAUGACCCUCCUUUAUCCUACUGUGGUAUAUUCCAGGCCCGACUUACAGGGGAAGCUCUCUUGGAGAAAGCAACAAAAAUUGGCUGUGUUUACUCCUCACCUGCUCUCCGCUGCAUACAGACAGCAAAGUAUAUCCUAGAAGGGCUCAAACUGGAGAAAAAAAUGAAAAUAAGAGUGGAACCUGGACUGUUUGAGUGGACAAAAUGGGAAGGAGCCAGGGCAGUGCCGCCUCUCAUGACCCUGACGGAGCUGAAGGAGGCGCACUACAACAUCGACCCCAACUACAGCUCCGAAUACCCCAUCUCCUGCCUGGUGCCGUCGGAAAGCUACGAGGACUACGUGAGCAGGUGUUCCGUGACUGUGCAGCAGAUCAUGAAAUCCUGCUCUCGGGAAGCUGGAGUUGUCUUAAUCGUGGGCCACGGUUCAGCUCUGGACUCCUGCACACGACCUCUCCUGGGCCUCCCUCCUCGAGACAGCAGUGACUUUGCCCAGCUGGUGAGAAAGAUCCCUUCUCUGGGCAUGUGUUUCUGUGAAGAGCUUAAGGAGGAAAACAGAUGGCAGUUGACAAACCCCCCAGUUAAGACACUGACUCAUGGGUCGAAUUCUGCAUUUAACUGGAGAAACUGGAUACUUGAUGAAUAAGCAACUCAGUCCGUUAGUUGAAAUGAACUUCAUAAUGAAGAAAGGACCAUUUUUGUCCCUGAGAUUCAGCAACCCGAUGGAAUGUCAAAUUAUGACUAUGAAGGCAUUUCAAUUUCUUCUGAGAUGAAAUGUAGAAGCACAACAUGCACUUUUGGAUCCCGGUGGGUGUGUCUCAUCUGUUUUUCUGUUCUGGAUCUCUCUCUCCAUCCCCUCAAAACAUCUUUGGAGUGCUCGGGUGUGGACCUUCCACAUUCGGACAUACGGCUGGGAGGGUGAAAUAAAACUCUCUCCCUUCAAGUGAACAUGAGGCAACAGGAGGGGUUUGUGUCUAGAAAGCCAAAACCACCAGUGUGAAUGGGGCCCCUCACCUGACUAAUGGGCCACUUGUUCCCCCUGGAGGAAACACGAGCUAAAUGCCACUGGGUGGGAGCAGGUGGAGAUAGAAAGGUCUGCUCUAUCUAAAUCCCCAGUGACCUUCCAGGCCACCCUAGGAAUUUGAAGAUAUGGACUCUGUCACCAUCCAGUGGCUGAAUUCGGCCCCUAGACAACCAGCCUCCUGAGCCUCUGUGCACUUCUGUCUCUUCUAAUCCAGAAUGCAAUCUAGUAACAUAAAAAUCUUUAACAUUGA